UUUACAAGACGACGGAGAUGGCGGGUGAGACAGAAAGCUAUGGCGACGUUGCCGACAUUGAUUCGAAGCCUGAGGAAGGAGCAAAAUAUUAUUUUGCCAUCUCUCAGACGAGCUUUCUCUCUAUGCGAUCAGAUCAAUCUCAUCGAUAACGUUCCUGAGGAUCAGCUCCGAUUUCAGGAGUUUGAUGAGACGAGUUUCACGGUGAAUGGGGUUAGAUACGAAGGUAGCUUGCUCUGUGUUGGGAAUUUGCUUAUGUCAUGGAGCCCUCGUAACUUCUCCGAGAUCACAACCGAUAGCUUGUCAAUCUUUCAGACAGUUCGACCAAUUCCAGAGCUCUUGAUUGUUGGGUGUGGAAGAUACAACCACCCGCUGAAACCGCAAGUCCGUCAGUUUGUAAAGUCAAUUGGCAUGAAGCUAGAAACAGUUGAUUGUAGAAAUGCUGGAUCAACUUACAACGUUCUGAAUGAGGAAGGCAGGAUUGUGGCUGCUGCUUUGCUUCCUUAUGGAGUUACAUCGUAAGAAACUCAACAACUCUUAUUGUAGAACAAUCUUCGAACCACUCGAGUCGAUCUUCAUAGUUGAAACACCAAUACGGUCUUGUUUACUGUAAAUAAAUAUGUUUCACUCGAAACUUUUGUAAAGAGAAUCAAAAUUUCCAUCCUUAUAUGCUCAAGAGAACCACAUUAUUGCAAUA